GUCAGGGUGACAGAGGAGACUCUUCUGCUGGAUCCUCCAAACACUCCUUCACCUCACCCAUCCCUCCAUUUUCUCCUCUUUUCUCUCUACACUCCAAGCUCUAAAGGGGCUAGGUGUGUGUGUGUGUGUGUGUGUGUGUGUGUAGGGGGGGAUACUCCUCUGUUUCCAUGGCGAUGAGUUUGAUGGGCGGUUGGUGGAUCUAGGCCACGUAACCAAGGGAGACAGAUUAUCAGCUGACAGGAAGGGAGAGGAAAGAGUACCUCCAUGGCCAAAGUAGCUCCAUCAGUCCCACCCCCCAUCUCCAGGUUAACUCCGCCCACCAUCGUUCUCCAAGACAUGGAGCAGGAGCCAGGUGAAGUCAGGGAGGGGGACAGAGCCACUCAAAAAACUGGACCAGGACUUCUGUUUAACGUCAAUAACAGCAACAACAACGAAGAAGAAGAGGAGAAGAAGAAGAAGAAGAAAGAGAAGAAAGAGAGAAAAGAGAAGAAACAGAAGGAGAAGCAGGAGAAAAAGGAGAGGAAGGAGAAGAAACAGAAGGAGAAAGAAGAGAAGGAAAAGGAGAAAGAGAAAGAAAAAGAAAAGGAGAAGGAAAAGGAAAAAGAGAAGAAGGCCAAAGAGGAGGCUCCUAAGGAGAUCGACGUGAUUGAUCCGGCAGGUAACACCUACUACUACUGGCUGUUUGUUAUCACCAUCCCCGUCAUGUACAACUGGACCCUGAUCAUAGCCAGGGCGUGUUUCGAGGAGCUACAGACUGACUAUGUGGUCUACUGGUUCAUCCUGGACUUUAUCUCCGACGUCACCUACAUCGCUGACAUGAUCUUCAGAACGAGGACCGGUUAUCUGGAGCAGGGUCUACUGGUAAAGGAAGAGCAGAAGCUGCGUGACCGCUACAUGAACAGCUUCCAGUUCAAACUGGACCUGGUCUCCAUGAUUCCCACCGACGUGCUGUACCUCGUCUUUGGCCUCACCUACCCCGAGAUCCGCCUCAACAAGCUCUUCAGGUUCAACAGGAUGCUGGAGUUCUUCCAGAGAACAGAGACCAGGACUAACUACCCCAACGCUCUCCGUAUCUCCAACCUCGUCAUGUACAUCGUCAUCAUCAUCCACUGGAAUGCCUGCCUCUACUACUCCUUCUCCAAGGCAGUCGGUUUUGGUGCCGAUAGGUUUGUGUAUCCUGACCCGGCAGAUCCAGAGUUUGGUCGUCUGGUGAGGAAGUAUGCCUACAGUAUGUAUUGGUCCACGCUGACGCUCACCACCAUUGGAGAAACUCCACCCCCGGUGGAGAACUCUGAGUACUUCUUUGUCGUCACUGACUUCCUGGUUGGUGUGUUGAUCUUUGCCACCAUCGUUGGUAACGUUGGUUCGAUGAUCACCAACAUGAAUGCUGCCAGAGCCGACUUCCAGGCUCGCAUUGACGCCAUAAAACAGUACAUGAGCUUCCGAAAGGUAACUAAGGACCUGGAGAAGCGAGUGAUCAAGUGGUUUGACUUCCUGUGGACCAAUAAGAAAGCAGUGGAUGAGAGGGAGGUGUUGAAGUACCUGCCUGACAAACUGAGAGCCGAGAUCGCCAUCAACGUCCACCUGGACACCCUCAAGAAGGUUCGUAUCUUUGCAGACUGCGAGGCCGGUCUGUUGGUGGAGUUGGUGCUGAAGCUGCAGCCUCAGGUCUACAGUCCAGGAGACUACAUCUGUAAGAAGGGUGACAUUGGCAGAGAGAUGUACAUCAUCAAGGAGGGAAAACUCGCUGUUGUUGCUGAUGAUGGUAUCAAGCAGUUUGUCGUCCUGAGUGAUGGAAGCUACUUUGGCGAGAUCAGCAUCCUGGCUAUUAAAGGCAGUAAGGCAGGAAACAGGAGGACAGCCAACAUCAGGAGCAUUGGUUACUCCGACCUCUUCUGUCUUUCCAAAGACGACCUGAUGGAGGCGCUAACAGAGUAUCCUGAUGCUAAAGCUCUGUUGGAGGAGAAGGGAAGGCAGAUUCUGAUGAAGGAUGGACUGCUGGACCUGGAGGUGGCAGCGCAGGGCCCCGACCCGAAAGAGAUCGAGGAGAAGGUGGAGAGGAUGACGAGCACGCUGGACAUCCUGCAGACACGUUAUGCUCGGCUGCUGGCUGAGCACGAAGCCACUCACAGCAAACUCAAGCAUCGAGUCACCAGGCUGGAGAAGAAGCUGGUACCACCGCCGCGAGCCGACCAGCCAGGUGAUGCUCCGCCCCCUCCAACACCUGAGACACAGACAACUAAAGAAGAAGAGAAGAAGUAGAGUGAAGAAGAGCAGGAGGGGGAAGACUGGGAUGUUUGAUUUUACAGUCCGGGUUAGCCACGUGGGUGGAGGGCAGGAGUUCUCAAAUCAAAUUGGAUGAAAUUGAAAACGUUCCAACAAAUCUGGUUUACAAAAUAUCACUUUAAAUUUAGGCAACAAGAAACGUUUCAAAUUCUGUUCCUUUAAUUCAGAUUCAUAUUGCGUCCAGAGGAGUAGGAAAAGAAAACACGCACGGCUUUAAAUUCAGUCAGAUUUACCAAGCACUUCAUGUCACUUGAUGCCACCCACACUGAGCUACACAACCUGUGGGAAACCUGUGGGUGACGUCACGGACACUGCGUCCAUGUUUUAUACAGUCAUCAUAUUUCUUCACUUGCUGGAUGUAGAGAACUGAAUCUGAAUGUGAAGAACUAGAUUUGAAUUUUGUUUUCUCAUUGUGUGAUGAUUUAUUACAGUAGUUAAUUUAUCUGAUUAUCAGUGUGCACUUAAUGUAAUUCUGCUGUAUGAGCAACACUUCCAAAGACGUCUUGAUUUUCCUCCAAAUGAAAUUAAAUUAUUGCAAACUUACAAGCUGAAAGUUGUGUUUACGCUGGGAACAAACUGAAGUGAAAGUGAACUGACUCUAGAUUGACUGUCUGUAUGUAAAGGAACUGCUGCAUCAGCGGAGCACAAGAGGACGACCGGGCUUCGGGACAAUUGACGGAGGGACAGAAAAUGUUACUUAUUUUUCUAGUAAAUAUUUCACAUGUAAAACUUUGUAAUUAUAAUGUAUUGUUUAAAUAUUAAGCACCACCUCUGUUCCUCUGGAUCAUGCAUGUUUAUGAGUCUGUCAGAGUUCUAAACUUAUAAAUAGACUUUACAAACAGUUAAUCCGAGUUUCAUUUGGUCUGAAUCUGAACAUCUGAUUUGUUGUGUCUUUGAACUAGAAAUAUUUAAGUUUGUGGCACACAAAUUCUGUUUUAACGUGUGGGCAUGAAUAAGUGAAGUCUGUGAACAAGGCAGGUAAAGAUAAAGUAAGAAUGUAUUGGAAUAUAAGCGAUUAACAAAAUAUACAUUUCAUUGUCAUUUUGCUGACUUUUAUCCAGACAGACUCUGCUGAGAUUGACUGUAGAACAAGCUUCACUUCCUAGAUCACCUGCUUUAAAGCCAUUAGAGGUCAAAGGUCAGCAGAUAUGACUGAUACUGCAUGUACAUCCCUAGAUUGUUUUUGUUUAAAGAAGAUUUUGCCUUUCCUGUAUGUUUAUUUUUCUGUCAGGGCUUGUCCAGUCAGUUACACCACUGCUUUGUCGUUAAACCUAAUUAGCAAAAACAUGAACCAAAUUAAUUCUGGAAGCAAUGCGCUGAAAUAAACAUAUUUUAUAAGGAAAAACA